CUGCUGCCUCAGUGUCAGUGCCUGUGCCGACUCAGCUACCCGCAUGCGAGAGAGAGGCCUGCGUGUGUCGUUAGUGCAGUGUGAGUGUAGUGCAGUGCAGUGUUAGUGUGUCAGAGCACUACCAUGAGACAGGAUACACACACAGCUAGGAUACUCUGAGAUCAGAGUGGAGAGGCGCGAUAUGAGUGUGACGCAAGGAUGAGGAACAGGAUGUGGCUGUGGGCAGCGGUGUGGCUGUUGGCCAUUACAAGAGCAGAGCACGUGCGGGACUUGGAGGUGUCGGAGGGAGCACCGGUGGGCACGAGAGUCGGCUUCAUCGGCGACGGUUCCUCCAGCGACAGCGGGCCUCCUUACCUCAUAGUGCCGGUGCCAGGGAGCGCGGUCGACACGGAGCUGAGCAUCGAACAGAACACAGGAGAGAUCAGGACCAAGGUGCCGCUAGACCGAGAAACGCGGGCUUCCUACUCGCUGGUGGCCAUUCCCCUUAGCGGCGAGAAUGUGCGAGUGGUAGUGCGAGUGCUGGAUGACAACGACAACGCGCCGACCUUCCCCAGCCCCGUCAUGAGCAUAGAGUUCCCCGAGAAUACCCCUCGCGAUGUUAAGAGGACGUUAAACCCCGCGAGAGACCUGGAUCUGGGCAUCUUCAAUACGCAGAGGUACAAUAUUGUGUCGGGUAACGUGAACAACGCGUUCAGGCUCUCGUCCCACAGAGAGCGUGACGGGGUGCUCUACUUGGACUUGCAGAUCAACGGGUUUCUUGACCGCGAGACGACGGCGGCUUACAGUCUGCUGAUAGAGGCGCUGGACGGAGGAAGUCCGCCUCUCAAGGGCCAAAUGACGGUUAACAUCACCAUCCAAGACGUCAAUGACAACCAGCCCAUUUUCAACCAGAGCAGGUAUUUUGCUACAGUUCCUGAAAACGCCACGGUGGGUACGAGUAUCCUGCAAGUGCACGCGACCGACGCGGACGCUAGUGAGAACGGUGAAGUGGAGUAUUCAAUCAAUAGGAGGCAGAGUGAUCGAGAGGGAAUGUUCAAGAUUGACUCAAAAACGGGGCUUAUAGCCGUCAACCGUCCUUUGGAUUUUGAAACUAAGGAAGUGCACGAACUCGUAGUAGUCGCGAAAGAUCAUGGAGUCCAACCUUUAGAGACAACAGCUUUCGUUUCUAUCAGGGUGACCGAUGUGAAUGACAAUCAGCCUACGAUUAACGUGAUAUUCUUGAGUGACGACGCAACACCAAAGAUAUCUGAGAUGGCUCAGCCGGGUGAGUUUGUGGCGAGGAUCUCAGUGAACGAUCCGGAUUCAAAGACGGAAUAUUCGAACGUGAACGUCACACUGGAAGGAGGAGAGGGGCACUUCGGGCUGGCCACCCAAGACAACAUAAUCUACCUCGUGAUAGUCUCCCUGCCCAUAGACAGGGAACAGAGGCCAAACUACACACUGAGUGUGAUAGCCACGGAUACGGGAACUCCUCCUCUGCACGCUUCCAGGACGUUUCAUCUGAGGGUGACCGAUAUCAAUGAUAAUGCACCUCAGUUUGUAGAAUCCGUUUACUACGCGAACGUGUUGGAAGUGGCCGAUCCGGGAACUUCUGUGUUUCGAGUGACCGCAGUGGACAUAGACGAGGGGGACAACUCGGUGCUCAGUUAUACCAUUCAAGAGAGCUCGGAGACCCAUUCGUCCUGGUUCCAGAUCGACCCGAGGUCCGGACUGAUCACGACCAGAUCCCACAUCGACUGCGAGACCGAUCCUGUGCCCCAGCUGACGGUGAUCGCCACUGACAGCGGCAACCCCCCGCUCUCUUCAUCGGCCACCGUCCUCGUCACCAUCCACGACGUCAACGACAACGAGCCCAUCUUCGACCAGAGCUAUUACAACGUCACGAUCGCCGAGAACGAGACUAGAGGACGCUGUAUUCUCAAGGUGUCAGCGACAGACCCCGACUGCGGAGUUAACGCGAUGGUCAAUUACACCCUAGGCGAAGUCAAAUCUCACUUCGAGGUGAAAUCAGUUAGCGGUGAGGUCUGCAUUUCUGGGGAGCUGGACUACGAGACCAAGAGUGCAUACGAGUUCCCCGUUAUCGCCACUGAUAGAGGAGGACUGAGCACAACAGCCAUGGUCAAGGUGCAGCUCACAGACGUAAACGACAACUGGCCUAUCUUCUAUCCGCGGGAGUACAACGUAACGCUGCGGUCAGGGGUCGUGUCCCAGGGGGCGAUAGUCGUGGUAGCCGCGUCGGACAGGGACUCUGGACGUUUGGGGGCAGUUACCUAUCAGUUGGUGUCGGGGAACGAGGGCAACCUCUUCCGCGUCGACAGGACGACCGGAGAGGUUCUGGUGAACCGGCCAAACUUACCGUCGCGACCGGGUUCCUACCGACUCAACGUGUCGGCCACGGACGGCGCCGGCCUCCGGUCCCUCGAGGAUGCCGAGGUUUUCGUCACCGUAUCCGACAAGGGACCGCUCUUCGAGAAGACCAGCUACAACUUCAAUGCCCGUGAAGACGUCCCAAGGAACACUAUGGUGGGAGCGGUCAAAGCCAUCUCAAGCGGUUACCAUUCUUUGGUACGGUACUCUAUCGUUGCCGGAGACUCCGAGGGUUACUUCACCAUCGACCCCAACAGCGGAGCUGUCAGGACCGCCUCCACCUUGGACCAUGAGGCCCACUCGUCCGUGCUGCUCAACGUGCAAGCGGCUUCGGACUCCUCGUCUGUGUACGCCUACACCCAGGUGAAAAUUACGAUAGAUGAUGUGAAUGAUAACAGUCCUGAGUUCGAUUCCACAACGGUCCGCCUCUCUGUACCGGAGAACGCAGAACUGGGUGUUCCUCUGUACGCCGCUCUGGCUCACGAUAGUGACUCCAGUCGCAACGGUCAAGUCAGAUAUCGCCUGGUGUCCGCGUCUUCAGGUGACGCACGUCUGUUCGCCAUCGAACCCCGGCUGGGCCAUCUGACCCUCGCCCGUCACCUGGAUUACGAGACCGCCCAGAGGCACAGUCUCGUCGUCUCGGCUACAGACUCCGGGGAACCUCCUCUUUCCGCUAACCUGACUGUCCUUCUGGAGGUUCAAGAUGUCAACGACAACCCACCGGUAUUCGAGAGGACAGAGUAUACCGUCACCGUCUCCGAGGGUCUCCCGGUCAACUCACAGAUCCUGCAAGUGACGGCAGUGGACUUAGACACAGGAAACAACGCCAGAAUUACUUACCGUCUCUUGGCAGAUUCCCAGGACCACGACGUGUUUGGCAUCUUCCCCAACAGCGGCUGGCUUUUUCUGCAGCGCCCGUUAGAUAGGGAGUCAAGAGAUCGAUUCUCUCUCCGGGUCGCUGCGACUGACAACGGCACCCCUGCGGGCACUGCCACAGCCCUUGUCACCGUCUCGGUGUCCGACGCCAAUGACAAUGACCCCGUCUUCUCCAGUGAGGCCUAUCAGUUCACAGUCGAAGAGAAUAUGCCCCGCGGUGCUCCUGUGGGCCUGCUUGUGGCUACUGAUAAGGAUCUCGACAACAACGGAGCGCUUCGAUUCAGUCUCAUCCCGAGCAACUCCAGCUUCCAGAUCAAUCCUGUAUCAGGUGAGAUGUUUACACGAGAACCGUUGGACCGAGAGACCAAGAGUGUUUACGAACUGGUAGCUGAAGCUCGAGACCAGGGAAGUCCUCCCCGCAGUGCCAGGGUUUCAGUGCGUGUUCUGGUGACAGAUGUGAACGACAACUCACCGGACCUGGUGGAUCCCCAGGAGGACGUGAUCAGUGUGAGAGAGGAGCAGCCACCUGGUACCGAGGUGGUGAGGGUCCGCGCUGUAGACCGAGAUGAGGGAUACAACGCCACUGUCACAUAUUCCAUAGUCAAAGGGAGUGACAUGGAUGGCUACGGCGUGUUUACCGUGGACCAGGUCACCGGACUUAUCCGGACCAAAGUGAUCCUGGACCAUGAGGAGCGGGCUAUCUACCGGGUAGCAGUCGCCGCCACCGACAACGGCAGUCCGCCAAAAGAGACAGUCCGUGUGCUCAGGGUCGAAGUCCUGGACCUUAACGACAACAGACCUACCUUCACCAGCUCCAGUCUCGUCUUCAAGAUCAGAGAAGACGUUCCGGUAGGUUUUGUUGUGGGUAACGUGGUAACCUCAGACUCAGCGGACGGUGACAACUUGGUGUCAGGACGCGCGGGGGGUGGUCACGUGAUGUACACUUUGACCUCCUUAUCGCCACCAGAUAGUGACGGAGCUUUCGACAUGGACCGAAGCACGGGAUCGCUGGUGGUGGCACGAUUGCUUGACCGAGAGACUCAUCCGCAGUACAAGCUGGAGGUGCGGGCCUUGGAUACCAGCACGAGCAGCAACCCACAGAGCAGCGCUGUGGUCGUGAGGGUAGAACUGUGGGACGUGAACGACAACGCACCUCGAUGGGACCAGGAUCCCAUCACCAUCUCGGUGGCGGAAAGUGCCGCCGUGGGAUCCGCCGUGUGGAACUUCACUGCCAGUGACGCCGACGCUGGACCUAACGGAGAACUCAGAUACAGUCUUGUAGACGCUUGGCCGCGGACCGAAGUACCCCAGUUCUCUGUGGACCCACUGACAGGAACCCUGACCUUGAUGUCACCGUUGGACUUCGAAGCGAUCACGGAUUUCACCCUCGUGGUACGAGUCACUGACCAGGCAUCUAACGUGUCUGAUAGAUUGAGCUCUUCUCUCACAGUUCGCGUAGCAAUCCAAGACGUCAACGACAACGCUCCUGCCUUCGUGUCUCCCGCUACUGGCACCGUCACCGUCAUGGAGGACGCCGAGGUGGGGCAUUCGCUCUGCCGCAUCACCGCGGUCGACAGAGAUUCUGGCGAGAACUCGAGAACUACAUAUACUAUCACGGCGGGAAACGAGGACGGCAAAUUCACCCUCGGCUAUGGUACCGGAGUUCUUGCUCUUGCAAGGCCUCUAGACAUAUCCAUCGCGAACGGCAUAUCUCCGAAGUAUCGCCUGAACAUCACCGCCAGCGAUCAUGGAAGUCCUUCGCCAAAGAAAACUACUCUACCUCUGACGCUUGUUGUCAAGGGAUCUACAGAAACGCCGCCUAGAUUCAUACACGCUACGUACCACGCCAACAUCCCAGAAGAUGCAGCUGUAGGAAGCGUCAUUACCAAAGUUGCUGCUGGAACGGGCUCUCAAGACAGUGGAGGCCGCUCCAGCAACUUGAGCUUCCACGUGACCCGAGGAGUAGCAGACGACAAAUUCGCUAUAGACGCCGAGAGGGGAACUGUCACACUGGUCGACACACUGGACAGGGAGGCGAGAGACCAUUACGUCAUCCCGGUCUACGUCAUGGACAGACUAUAUUAUGACGUGGCCACCAUAUCAAUCCGAGUGACCGACGUGAACGACCACGCCCCAGAGUUCCGACCUGGAGCAUGCUACCCUCUCAGUGUUCCAGAGAAUAGCGACUUAGCAGUUGUGCACACUCUCACAGCCACGGACGCUGACUCUGGUACCAACGGAGAAAUAACGUACAGCAUAACUGGUGGAAACAUCGGCAACAAGUUCAGCAUCGAUCUGCAUACCGGAGAGCUGAGUGCCAGACCCUUGGAUAGGGAGACCCAAGCCCGGUAUCAGCUAGUGAUAACAGCCCAGGACCGCGGCAGCCCCAAUCCUCUCAGCGGCUCCUGCAACAUUACAGUUACCGUGGAAGACCAGAAUGACAACGAUCCGAGGUUCUCCAAGCUGCGUUAUACCGCCACUAUUCCAGAAGACAUCGAGGUGGGCAGUGCGGUGCUCACCGUGAAGGCAUCUGACGCAGAUCUAGGAAUUAACGCUAAGAUCGUGUAUUCUCUAGCCAACGAGAGUCAUUGGUUAUUCCAUAUCGACAACCGAACAGGCGUCAUUUCCACCGCCGGGUUGUUCGAUCGAGAGCGACAAAGUGUGUACGAGUUUCAAGUGGUGGCAACGGACGGCGGCCGGUACGAUGCUCGAUCGCAGAAAGUUCCGGUGCAGAUCACCAUCGGAGAUGUGAAUGACAACAAGCCAGUCUUCUCCCACUACCCGUUCACCGCCGAGAUUCCGGCGUACACUCAGCCGGGCCACGAGAUAUUGCACAUCACGGCGGUGGACAACGACGAGGGCACCAAUGCCGACAUAGUCUUUAGCUUCCUCAAUGAGCCGCCUUCUAACAAGUUCCGCAUCAACCCCAAUUCCGGGUCGGUUACGGCGGCUGCCAGCCUGGCGAUGGAAUCCGGAAAACUGUUCCAUCUGGAGGUUCUAGCUACAGAUAAGGGCAAUCCUCCUCAGAGUGCCACAGGACUGAUCGAAAUCAAAGUCGGAGAAAGUUCAGAGAACGCCCAGGUUUUAAGGUUCCAGAACUCGACCUACGUCGUCCAUUUGGCUGAAAACUCUCCCAUUGGAAAAGAAAUUCUUCAGGUGUCUGCAGUAAGGAGUGAUGGCAGGCGCCAGAGGAUCAGUUACAGCCUGGGUUCUGGUAAUGAUGAUGGAACAUUCGAGAUUACCAUGUCUGGAGUGGUGCGAGUGAGGGAUCCCAGAAGCCUUGACUACGAGGCCAGUCCCUCACUGAGACUAGUGGUGGAGGCUCGUGCAGAGAGCUCAAAUGGUCCAGCUCUUUAUGGUUAUGCUCAAGUGCUGAUAAAUCUCAUUGACCAGAAUGAUAACACCCCCAAGUUCACGCAACAACAGUACUCGGCUGUUGUUUGGGAAGGAAACAACAAGGGCACAUUCGUGAUGCAGGUAUCAGCGACUGACAUGGAUCAAGGGGCCAACGCUAGGUUACUGUAUCACAUUGUGGAUGGUAACCAUGACAAUGCUUUCGUCAUUGAACCUCCAUUCUCCGGGCUGGUCAAGACCAACAUAGUACUGGACCGAGAGAUCAGAGACAUGUAUCGUCUGACGGUAAUAGCCACUGACGAGGGAAUACCCCAGCUCACUGGUACCUCCACAAUCCGCAUCAACAUCGUAGACGUCAAUGACAACCAGCCCACAUUCCCCCCUCACAGCAUUAUCAGCAUCAGUGAAGGCAAAGAAGUUGGCAGUGUUAUAACUACGGUGUCAGCCAAUGAUGUAGACACCAACCCUGCACUCACCUACAGCCUGCAGGAGGACCCUAAGGUGGAGGGGGUGUUUAGCAUCGACAGGUUCAGUGGGAAGGUGAUACUGCGUCGGCCACUGGAUUAUGAGAGCAGACAGGAGUAUCGACUCAAAAUAACAGCAUCGGACACAGCGCAUACAGCAGUCACUGUCCUCACAGUCAAGGUCACCGAUGACAACGACAACCCUCCGAUAUUCAGCCAGUCCUCAUACAAGGCCAACUUGCUAGAUUCAUCAGAGAUGGGGCUGAUGGUGAACGCAACGGACAAGGACUCUGGAGUGAAUGCUGAUGUGCGCUAUUCGCUACUGACACCAGUCAGAGGGUUUACAGUAGAUGAGAGAACAGGUUCGGUGCAGGUAAACCGCAGUGCCGUGGCAUUGGGCAGCCCCUGGCAGGAUCUGGUUGUGGUGGCUUCUGACUGUGGCACUCCACAACUCUCCUCCACCGCAGCUGUUCGUGUUCUUGUCAACAGUGCAGGCAGUGGCAACAUUCUUGGGCAUCAUCAGUUUAGGAUAUCUGUGAAUGAGAGGGCAGAGAAGGGCAGCAGUCUACUGAAGAUGGGCAGCACUGGCAUAAAUGAACUUGUGUCAAACCCUCAAUAUACCAUAAUUGACGGGGAUGUUGAUGGUGCCUUCCAGCUGUUGAGCCCCCAAGGAGAACUUGUUCUACUGAAGUCUCUUGAUAGAGAAACAAAAGAUUCCUACCUUUUGCAUGUGACUUCCAGUCCAUUGGCUGACAACUCCAGUGCCAUCCAGAUCUAUAUUACGGUGGAGGAUGCCAACGACAACCCACCAAAGUUUGUCAAUGCAGAGUCCAGUGUUUAUAUCUCGGAGGGAGUCUCUAUUGGACACUCAGUGCUCCAGCUGUUGGCCAACGAUGCAGAUCUACCUCCUAACUCUGAUGUGCGGUACGAUAUCACUUCCGGAAAUGAUGAAGACCUGUUUGAUGUUGACCCAGUGAGUGGAAUAUUGACUGUGAAGAAUCAACUGGACUUUGAUAUUGGGCCCUCUGAAUACUCUUUGGUUGUUCGAGCGAGUGACAGUGCUAAAUCUCCUCCAGAUGUUCCUCUAUCUACUGUUGAGACAAUUCGCAUCAUUCUGGAAGACGAGAAUGAUAAUACUCCCCACUUCCCUGUAUCAGAGUACUUAGAGUUUGUUGGAGAGAAUGAAGCGGUUGGAUCUCCUGUGUUCACUGCAAGAGCAACUGAUAUUGACAGAGGAGCCUAUGGUCAGCUGAACUACUCUAUCAUGUCAGCAGCAGCCUCCGGCUUCACUGAUAUUGAAGACUCUUGGAAACUGUUCCGUGUGGAUCCUGUCAUGGGGGUUGUCACGACUAAUGCUGUAUUUGACUAUGAAUCUAGGAACCGAUACGCAUUUACUCUUACUGCUAGUGAUAAAGGUGGGAGAACUGCAAGAGUCAGAGUCAGAAUUGAGAUAGAGAGCAGAGACGAGUUCCAUCCCCAAUUCACAGAAAGGACCUACAGGUUUGUUCUCGGAGUCAAUGAUUUGCCAGUUGGAUAUAUUGUGGGUCAUGUGACGGCUACCGAUAGAGACAAAGGCCCAGAUGGAAGAGUAGUUUACCAGUUAUCAUCACAACAUUCUUACUUUAAAAUCAAUAGAACUACUGGUGUGAUUAUGAUUAAAAAGAAAUUCGAUUCUAGUUUUGAUCUAAAACGUGACGUCAGUUUGGUUGUAACAGCCAGUUCUGGAAGGCAAGGUUCUUUGACCAACAUGAGUGUUGUGGAAAUUGCAAUUGAUCCACUGGCAGACAAGGAAUCAAAUAUUGUAGUCACUGGAAAUGGGAAUGAUGCCGCUUUGGCUGCUACUAGUGGAGGAAUUGCAGACUGGGCAAUGGGAUUACUAAUUGCUCUGAUACUGAUAGUGUUGGCUUUUGGAGCUGUCUUUUUGUUUCUGCAUGUCAGAAACAGGAGACAUAAGAAAGUAAAUAAACCAGGAUUGAGUGGAGGUCAGAGUACCGACAGUUUUGUUGAUCCCAGUGCCUUUGAUACAAUUCCUAUCCGAGGUGGUGUAGCAGGCCCUGCCAGCCAGUUUGGACCACCCAAAUACGAUGAGAUCCCUACCUACAGGAAUAAUAACACAAGUAGCUCUAACUCAGGAGCUGCCACCACUUCAGAGCUCUCAGGUUCUGAGCAAUCCGGGUCGAGUGGAAGAGGAUCAGCAGAAGAUGGUGAAGAUGUUGAAGAUGAAGAGAUUCGUAUGAUUAAUGAAGGUCCUCUUCAACGAGAAUCUGGAAUGCACCGACCACCAGACGAUGAAGAUAACCUAUCAGAUGUAUCUGUACACAAUACUCAAGAGUACCUUGCAAGACUUGGCAUCGUAGACACACAAGGAACAUCUUCUGCAUCCAGAAGACAUUCUGAGAGUCUUGUUGCUGGGAGCAGUAAAGACGGGUUAAUGCACCAUCAGGGAGUGCCCAUUGAUGGUCUCCACAUGUUUGAUGAAGACACCAGUGGAGAGAAUGAUAUCACUAACUUAAUUUAUGCAAAGUUAAAUGAUGUCAGUGGGAGUGAACGAGGGAGCAGCACAGAAGACGUGGGUGGGGGAAGUAAUGGUGCGUUAGGAGCUGCAGUUGACCAUGUGAUGGUUCUCGGUGGCUUUGGAGACGUCCCCAAUGGAACCCAUCAACCGUCAAUGACCGGCUCAUUGAGCUCUAUUGUACAUAGUGAGGAGGAACUUACAGGGAGUUACAACUGGGACUAUUUGCUUGACUGGGGUCCUCAGUACCAACCUUUAGCUCAUGUCUUCUCAGAAAUAGCUAGGUUAAAGGAUGAUGCUGCCUCUGUGAAGAGUGGUAACAGUGGCGCCUCAAGUGGGAAGGGAAAAAAUUGUGCCCCUCCUGUUGUAAAGACUGUUCCUCCACCCCUGCUGACCUCAGUAGCGCCAAGGUCGAUAGCAGCGCCUGUGUUAUCAGCCCGCAACCCCCACCAUCCCACCGUGGCCCAUCAGCCUGCCCAGCUCCUGCUGUUGCCUCGGUCCCCAAUCAGCCACGACGCUAGUGGUGCAGGUUUCAGCACGUCUGCUGCAAUGUCCCCCAGCUUCUCCCCCUCCCUGUCCCCCUUGGCCACGAGAUCACCCUCAAUUUCCCCCCUCGUCACACCGGGCGUGCCUACCUCACACCAUGUCCGCCAGAGGACAACGGACUCAGAGCUCAGGAUCUAGUUGUUUUCCAAAGUGUAAUUAGUCAAUUUGGUUGACUGAGAGAAACCAUUUGAGUUUGUCUUAGGAAGUUAAUAAAUCAAUUAUUUUCACAAAGUAUAUAGUUAUUGAAUUUUAGAUUUGACAUAGUUUUUUACCAGUUCAUUGUUACCAACAAUAUUUUGAAAACAUUUUUGUUUUUCUGGAACUAAACUCAGAAUGUGUUUUUCUCAGUCAACAUUUUGUGAGUUUGAAUACUUGUGUUAAACUAUUUAUAUACCUCUUAUAGUAAAAUACGUAAUUAGUGAUUUUUUUUUUAUAUGAAUAAGAUAAAUGCAUUUGAAAAAUCAAAACACUGAGUAAUUGAUAUAUUUGAGUUUGAACAUUCGUUAUGAUGCUCAGAUAGUUGAUAACUGUGUAAGAAGUGUGGUAAUCAGUGGAACUGUUAGAACAUGGAAGUGCACGUGAAACGUGAAAGUGAUUUGGGACGCUGCAAUCAGACUGCAUAUCUAAUACUCUCAGAAGUCGUGUAAAUAGUGAUCGUAAAUCGUACAAACUAGUAUUCUUGUUAACUCGAACAUAAUUAUUUACGGAUCGUAUAUAAAAUGUGAUUAAAUAUAAAUCUCGAUGUAAAUAUGUUAAAUGUAAUCAAAACUUGUAUUUUAAUGUUCCAAAAUAAAACCUUCGUCAACGUAUACGCUAGUUAAGCUUUUAAACUCUUGAACUGUGAUCUUGCCAUUGAGUGUUGUCUGAGCAUGGGCUAAUUAAUUAAAGUGUUUAAUGAAUCUUGUAAAUAUUUAACUAAUAGACAAAAGGCCAUGCUUUGUAAUACUAAUGGAAGAGUUACAACUGGAAUGCUCAAUUUCUUGCCAUGUAAAUUCAAUGAACAAUGAUCAAACUUUUCAAUCUUUCAAGUUUUUAUAUGUGUAUUUGCAAAAAUGUUGGUCUUUUGAAUUUAUCUUACUUGUCUUCUUGGUUCUCAGGAUUAUUUGGUGUAUUCAGAUUUUGAUGUGAUGUAUAUAUCAUUCUUACCAAACUUAAUUCAUUUCUAAUAUUCCUGCCCUUGAACUACAACCUCAACACUAAAUUUAUUCAGACCAUGAAACUCAGUAUAUUAAAUGUUAAACAAACAUAUAAUUAUUUCAAAGAGCAUGGAAUUAUUCAUUUAAUUUUUUUACAUUAAUCUAAUUUCUGUCUACAGUAAA